AUGCCAUUUUGGGCUCAAAGAGUUUCAAUUUCCAAGAUUUUCUCUACAGCUUUUCUCCAUGGUCACGCCCAGAUAGAGUCAUCCCACUCUCACUCCUCCACUCUGUGGUUCGUAAAAAUUGUAUGUACUCUAUGUGUUCGUGACUCGCAGUUUCUCACUAUUUUGAGUUUGGAUUAUUUCCGCAAAAAUUUGAGCCCUUUUAUAGCUUUCUGCGUUAUUCAACAUUUAAAUAGUAGACUAAAUAACCCCAGAUUGGCAUUCAGUUUCUUUCAAUAUACAAGGCUUGAUUUCAAUCUCAUUCAUUCGAUUCCUACUUUUGAGUUGCUCCUGAGGUCACUCUGCCAAGUUGGCCUGCACGAUUUGGCUGAUUUAGCAUAUGAAUACAUGAAAACUGAUGGUUUUGUCCCCAGUAGCUUGCUUCUAGAUAAUAUAGUUACAUUCUUUGCCAAUGGUGGCAGAUUUAAGAUUGCCAAAGAAAUUUUGAUUUCACAAGCAGAGUUGUACAGUAAGAAAGCGGAAGUUCUUAGUUCUUUUGUAUGCCACAGUUUGUUGAGGUUGUUGUGUAAAAGAAAUCAGGUUGAUAAGGCAGUUAGUUUUUUUAGAAAUCAUAUUUUGAGAUUACGGGGGUUUUGCCCUGAUACGUGUAGUUUUAAUAUAAUUAUGCGGGGAUUGUGUAGAGUGACAAAGGUAGAUAAGGCUUUUGAGUUUUUUGAUAUUAUGAGGAGUUUUGAUUGUUUGCCAGAUCUUAUUACAUACAAUACACUCAUUAAUGGGCUCUGUAGGGUUGGUAACGUGGAUAGAGCACGGAAUUUAUUGCAAGAGGUUCAAUCACAAGGUGAAUUUUUACCUGAUAUUGUGACAGAUACAUCAAUUAUUUCUGGAUACUGCAAAUUGGGUAAGAUGGAGGAGGCUGGUGAUCUUUUUGAUGAGAUGAGUAAUCGUGGGAUUAGGCCAAAUGUAAUUACUUUUAAUGUUCUUAUUGAUGGUUUUGGCAAAAAGGGAGAAAUGAUUUCAGCAUCACAGAUACAUGAAAGGAUGGUUGGUGGUGGCUAUCAUCCUGAUGUUUUUUCCUUCACCUCUCUCAUUGAUGGUCAUUGUCGGGCUGGUGGGUUGGAACAAGGAUUGAAGCUCUGGGAUGAAAUGAAUGAGAGGAAAGUGUCUCCAAAUUUAUUUACUUUCUCAGUUCUCAUCAAUGCUCUGUCCAAGGAGAAUAGACUAAAUGAAACUCGUGAUUUAUUAAGGCAGUUGCAAUGGAGGGAAGAUGUCAUUCCCCAAACAUUUAUUUACAAUCCUGUAAUUGAUGGAUUUUCUAAGGCUGGUGAUAUAGAUGAGGCAAAUGCUAUUGUUGCAGAAAUGGAGGUGAAAGGAUGCAGCCCUGAUAAGCUGACAUUCACCAUUCUCAUUCUGGGGCAUUGUAUGAAAGGAAGAAUGUCUGAAGCAAUAACCAUUUUUAACAAUAUGUUGACAGUCGGUUGUGUCCCAGAUGGAAUUACCACAACUGCUUUGGUAUCCUGCCUCAGAAAGGCAGGGAUGACAAAUGAAGCCUAUAAAAUAGGGCAAAAGAUAUCAAAUGAUAUGCACUCAGCUAAAUUUGCUGAUUCAUAUCACUACUGGACACGGGGGAGAAAUAAUUUGUGGCGAGGUUCUCUUCAAUAUCCAGCUCUGUGUUAUUCUGCGUGGCUGAGGCACGAAUUCAUACUAUCUCAAUGGUUUCAACAAGCGCUUCGAUAA